CGUUGAAACAUAGUAGUGAAAUACAGUGAAAAAUGGCCGAUACAGCUACUGAAGUCGUUACCGCAGCAUCGGUUGCCGCAUCUCCAGCCAAGACACCGAAAAAGGCUCGUGCUCCUAAAGGAGAGGGUAAGAAACCGAAAAAGCCAGCCACUCAUCCACCAGUGAAUGAAAUGGUUUUAGCCGCCAUCAAGACUUUGAAGGAACGUAAUGGAUCAUCUCUUCAGGCCAUCAAGAAGUAUAUCGGUGCCAAUUACAAGUGCGACGUUGCUAAGCUCUCAACUUUCAUCAAGAAAUCUCUGAAGAGUGGUGUUGAGAAAGGUAGUCUUGUGCAAACCAAAGGAAGUGGAGCAUCGGGGUCCUUUAAAAUUAAAUCUAAGGACAAGACACCUGCGGGCGAGAAGAAACCAAAGAAAACUGCGGCUGGGAAGAAGCCUUCAGGGGAAAAGAAAGUUGCCAAAAAGGCAGCCACUCCCAAAACUGCUGCCGUCAAAAAGCCUAAGGCAGCACCAGCAAAGAAAGCGGUUGAGAAGAAGGCUAAAGCAGCCGUCGCCAAAGUUGCCAAAAAGGCUGGAACCGUGAAAAAAGCGGCCGCUCCCAAACAGAAAGCAACCAAACCAUCGAAAACAGCGGCGAAGAAGCCUAAAACUCCAAAACCGAAAAAGGCUGCACCGGCUAAGAAACCCGCUCCGAAGAAAGCCGCCGCCAAGAAGUAAAGUUCAGUCGAUUGAAAUGAUUUAAAAACAAACAGUCCUUCUCAGGACUACAAACACAUUGAAUCGAAAGAGUAACAAAAGUUUUUCACCUCAAAUAAUAAUUCAAAUGAUUUUUUUAUAACAGUUAAUAUACAUUUUCACACAUCUGCAUCAUGUGUCCAACAUUGUACACUAUUAAGAAUGUUCAUAUUCUAACGUAACGAGAUAUGAUGGCCAACUGAUGAUAUCGAAAAGCAUCAAUUGUGUAACAAACUUUACUUCGAGCCUGCAUUAGGUUGCGACCACAUGAGGUUUUGGUCUAAAAUCAUUCAUAGCCAUCGCGAUCGUUUUGAGAUUACAUGUACCCAAGUAUAGUUUACAAUGAUCCCUCAUUCGACUCAUAAUUCACAGACAUUCAGUCAACAAAUAUUGGACUUUUUUUGGGUUUGGGUCAAUACAACUAAAGUACAACGUGAAAUUGUAUUUGAAUCGUCAUCAUAAACUAACAGGAAAACCUGUUUUUAUGCGUUUCCUCAUUCGUGCGACCAUUUUUGAGUACUUUUAUUAUUUGUGUGAUUCGAGUUUAGAUUUAAUAAUGAAAUCGCACCAAAUGGGUCGCACAAAUGGGAAAUCUGGCAAAAACGAACGCACAAAAAACUGGCUUUCUUGUACCACCAAUUGAGAAACGAAUCAUGAUUUUGAACAGUGGUUCCUGCGCAGUAAGCAUGCUACACAUCUGGAGCGGUUGCGUUCAGUACAGAAGUUUAAAGUUGUUCAAUGUUUCGUUUAUUUUUCACCACGUCAUGUAAUAACAUUGUAUACAUUUGUAAUAUCAAUAUUUUUCGAUAGACGGCGAAUGACCUGAAGGGUUAAAGCCGACUGAAAUAAAUCAAAUAAUCAAUCAA